AGGAGCGGCUGGCUCCCAGCAGCGGUUUGGCGUGGGUUAGGGCCCUGAGAAGGUUUUGUAUUUGGGGUUUGCUCGCCUUCCUUAUUUUGAAGACCGGAGGGUUGCCACCAGGUCUGGGAAAUUUGAAAGCUGAGUCUGAAUUCCUUUCUGUUUUCCUUUCUGCCUGCGUGGGAAGCGUGGAAGGAAGGGAAGGGUGUGCGCUUAGUGACCGGCCCCUUCCUCUGCAUGGUCGCGGAGUCCCACUCUGCCGUGCUGUGUGGAAUGGGUCUCGGCUCUUCUGGCCGCAGUUUGGUUUGUUAGAAAUGGAAACUGGUGCAUUGAGGGUGGAAUAAAGGUCUUCCCCCUAUCCGCUCUCCAAGGACUCCGAAGAACUUGCUGAUUUGUCUAGUUUCUAGACAAGUACUGGAAUGUUCAGCGGAGAAGGGCUUAAAUGUUGCAGAAGAGAGCGGGAACUCCUAGCAUUUUAAGGGAUUUGUGUAGAUUUCCAAAACUGACUUUUGGUCACCAACCACCACCGGCAACUUGGGAUUCGUGAGCGUCUCUCGCCAUCCUGCUGUGGUUGCAACAUGUUCUCCUGUUGGUUAAGUCGGCUGUGCAGGGGUUUAUCCACACCCACUGGAAGGAUCACCCACCGCAUCCACGGCUCUCUCUCCAGAAGGCUGAUGCUUGGUUCACGGAGGAGAAUUCCAGAAUUGAGUAGCUUUGUUGCUCGGACCAACACUUGCGGAGAGUUGCGUUCUUCUCACGUAGGCCAAGAAGUCACUCUGUGUGGAUGGAUUCAGUACCGAAGGCAGAACAUCUUCCUGGUCCUAAGAGAUUUCCACGGGCUUGUUCAAGUUCUCAUUCCCCAGGAUGAGUCAGCUGCUUCUGUGAAGAAGAUUCUAUGUGAAGCCCCGGUGGAGUCUGUGGUGCAGGUGUCUGGGAAGGUAAUUUCCCGACCUCCAGGACAAGAGAAUCCGAAAAUGCCAACGGGUGAGAUCGAAAUCCAAGUUAAAUCGGCUGAACUUCUGAAUGCCUGCAAGAAGCUGCCCUUUGAAAUUAAGGACUUCAUGAAGAAAACAGAGGCUCUUCGUUUGCAGUAUCGCUACUUAGACUUGCGAAGUUUCCAAAUGCAGCAUAACCUGCGACUGAGGUCCCAGAUGGUCAUGAAGAUGCGGGAAUACCUCUGUAAUCUCCAUGGGUUUGUGGAUAUAGAAACACCAACAUUGUGUAAGAGGACCCCUGGGGGUGCAAAAGAAUUUAUAAUACCAUCCAGGGAACCUGGGAAGUUUUAUUGUCUCCCUCAGAGUCCUCAACAGUUUAAGCAGCUUCUGAUGGUUGGUGGUUUAGACAGGUAUUUUCAAGUUGCCCGAUGUUACCGAGAUGAAGGUUCGAGACCAGACCGACAGCCCGAGUUUACUCAGAUUGACAUAGAGAUGUCUUUUGUAGACCAGACCGGAAUCCGGAGUCUAAUUGAGGGCUUGCUCCAGUAUUCCUGGCCCAGGGAUAAAGAUCCUGUGGCGGUUCCUUUUCCUUCUAUGACUUUUGCUGAGGCACUGGCCAGCUAUGGAACCGAUAAACCCGACACUCGCUUUGGGAUGAAGAUUGUAGAUAUUAGUGAUGUGUUCAGAAACACGGAGGUUGAAUAUCUUCAAGAUGCGCUGAGUAAACCCCAAGGAACGGUCAAGGCCAUAUGUAUCUCUGAAGGAACAAAAUACUUAAAAAGGAAGGACAUUGAGUCCCUUAGAAAAUUUGCAGCUGAUCAUUUUAAUCAGGAAGUCUUGCCUGUAUUCCUGAAAGCCAACAGAAACUGGAAUUCUCCAGUUGCUAAGUCCAUAAUGGAGGAGCAAAGAUCAGAACUAAUCAGACUGAUGGACAUCCAAGAGGACAGUGUGGUCCUGCUCACGGCUGGAGAGCACAGGAAAGUGUGCUCUGUGUUGGGGAAACUACGACUGGAAUGUGCCGACCUUCUAGAAGCAAGAGGACUGGUGCUCCGUGACCCAGCUCUGUUCUCUUUCCUUUGGGUUGUGGAUUUCCCGCUCUUCCUUCCCAAGGAGGAGAAUCCCGGAGAGCUGGAGUCAGCCCACCACCCAUUUACUGCUCCCCACCCCAGUGACCUCCACCUCUUAUACACUGAGCCUGAACAGGUCCGUAGCCAACACUACGACUUGGUUUUAAAUGGCAGUGAGAUAGGAGGUGGUUCUAUCCGCAUCCAUGACGCAGAGCUCCAGCAUUACGUUCUGGCAACGCUGCUAAAGGAAGAUGUGAAAUUGCUCUCCCACCUGCUCCAGGCUUUAGAUUUUGGGGCGCCCCCUCAUGGAGGAAUUGCCUUAGGGUUAGACCGACUGAUAUGCCUUGUCGCUGGAGCACCAAGCAUCAGAGAUGUCAUAGCCUUCCCCAAAUCCUUCCGGGGGUAUGACCUCAUGAGCAAUGCCCCAGAUUCUCUCCCUCCUGAGGAACUGAAGCCCUAUCAUAUCCAGGUCUCCUGGCCAGCAGAGUCAGAAGCAGAAAAGAGCUCAUUGAAUCAGCCAUAUCAUCCAGAAAGCUGAGCUUUUCAGCUUUGUCCACUUUGCUUCCCCAAGGCUGAAAUCAGACACCGAGUUCUGCCACAGAUCUGAUAAGCAGGACUUUAGGUGGAAGGAACCCAGACAACAUUCUUCACCACAAUAAAGAAACAGAAGGUAUCCAAUUUUUACUUCAUAACAUGCUAUAUUAGGAUUUUUUGUUUGGGACUUUUUUGUAGUUUCUGACCUGAAGAGGUGUGAAGAUGCCCCUUUGCUGGAUUAACAGAAUAGCUUAGUGUUUCCUAAUCAUGUUUUUCACACCUGGAUAGUCAGCUGUUCCCUGAAGACAGAGGUAAUCAGACCAUGUGAAAUGGGGGGAAAUGCUUGCCCCUUUAGUCCGUUGAUGGAGGGGUCAGUUCAACCAGCCUUAUCAAGAGAAUCCUGUAAGUUAAGCUAGAUAGUGACAUUUUGACUCUCAGCAUAAUAUAGUGAGAAGCAACAUGAUAUAUGCCUUUUAAGAAAAUCACCCAAAUGAAAGCCACAGAAUCUUAGUGUUUCACCUUGAGCAAGUUACAGAAAUGUCUCUCCGCCUCCUUUCCUGCCUGGAUGACAUGGGAACACUACUUGCCUGGCCCCCGACAAUGCUCUUCUUGCCAGAGCCAGAGGACAUGAUGUACAUGGCAGGUGUUGGGGUGAGAAUACUUUGAACAACUCUAGAACAUUACACAAUGUAAGAUAACGGGAUUAUUUACCUGUGAGCAGUUGCAGAUACAUCUUUACGUCUUUGCAUUUUAUAGUCUAAGAGGAAAUAAAACUGAUAUCUAUAGAAGAAAAACA